AAUAAUUCUUAGUCCUAAACCGUCCAUGAACUAUCAGAAGCCGAACGAUCAUUUUGAAGAAGAGGACAUUAAAAGAAAUUUUUUUGAUGUUCUUGAGCAGUUCCUUUGUGAUGGAGAUCCUUCAGUUGUUUUCAAACAGCUGGCAGCUCUAGACGAUCCACCAGCACAGUGUGGAAAGGUGUUUAAGAUGGGUGAGCCCUCUUACAGUUGCCGGGACUGUGCCCUAGAUUCUACAUGUGUUCUCUGCGUAGAGUGCUUUAAGAAUUCUGAGCAUGGUACUCAUCGAUACAAGAUGAGCACUAGCUCCGGGGGAGGGUAUUGUGACUGUGGAGAUGUAGAAGCUUGGAAGCAGUAUCCCAGCUGUUCUACGCAUGCGCUUGGGAACCAGUUUGACGGAGGAAAUGCUUUGGAUAAAUUGCCCUUGGAGAUAGUUCUACGUGCUCGUCAGGUCUUCACAUGCGUUCUCAAAUACGCUUACGAGCUUCUCACCCUCGACACUAUGAUGAAGCUGCCCGGAGAUCUUCAGUACAAGGAAAGAGAUAAUAUUGAUCCUAUGGAUGAUCUUCUAGAAGUUGAAGAUCUUUAUGCUACAGUUCUCUAUAAUGACGAGGUUCAUACUUUCGAGGAAGUGAUUACAACGCUGCAAAGAGCUGUGGAAUGUGAUAGAAAUCAGGCUGUGAGUUUUAUAUUCGCCCUGCGUUUAAUCUCCUGGUUGGAUGAAGUGCUGCAGUACAGUGAGGGAUUUCGUGCUCUUUUCUCAAAAAUUUUAGUUGAACAAGAAGUUGGAUUAAAUAACAGAAAACAACCUUCUCUGCUUGAAGGUAAAAAACAUUUUAGUUUUUUAUUAUUACUUCGUAAGAAAUACCUCGAUUUCUGCAAGUUUGCGGUUCAAAAUGUUAAAUAUUUGGAUAUUACUUUUUAUACUUUAUUUAAUACAGGAAUGCUGCUGGAACACGUGAGCAAAAAGGAGUUUUCUGUUGUAUUUACAAACAAUUACGGAGCUAUUUUCAAAGAUUUUAUUCUGGACGAUCAUGAACACUCGUUCAGUGUGACGAGUUUAUCUGUUCAGUUGUUCACAGUUCCUUCCCUAGCUCAUUAUCUUAUAUCUAGUCAGUUGACGGAUGGAUCGAAUGUGAGGUACCUACUAAGUGUUCCCCCGGACAGGUUCGAAGACAACACUAGGCUAGGGUUCCUGCACGGGUACUCCAUGCUCCUCGAUAUCCUCUCCUGGAUGCACGGCAUGGACGGGCAUAUCAGACAAGUAAACCAGCAUAUUGAGUUUGAAGCAGACUGGGAGAAUGGUUUUAAUCUUCAUAUGAAGCUAGCUCCAGUUAUCUCUCUAACUAUAAGAUGGUGUUCAUUGGACCGAACUAUAUUUAUCAAAGCGCUUAGGAUGCUUUUAAAGCGGAUUCAGGCGGAGGUUGAGGUUGAGGGGAUGGAGAGGAUUGAGUGUAUUGUGGACAAGAGGUUCAAGGCUGAGGUGAUCAACUACUCAGUAGCCCAGCAGGAGGUCUCCAUGCAUAUCCCACUUACAAGAAUAUUAGCAGGUCUGCUUGUGCAUAUGGAGAAGUUCGACCUCACCUGGGAUAGUCUGGAGGUCAAGGACUGCGUUAGACCUCUACUAGAGCAGAUUCUUGAAUAUCCCCUGAGAACCAGUGUUCUGGAGUCUCAAGUAUAUGCUGGGAUGUGGAGAAGGAAUGGAUAUUCACUUCAGCAUCAGAUUUAUUAUUAUCAUAGUCCCAGGUGUAGGGUUGAGAUGUAUGACCGUGAUGUUGAACUGCUUCAGUUCUGUGCCGCUAAUCUUGAACCUGAACAGUUUCUUGUUCAUCUUCUCAACAAGUUUGGUUUGGUUACCUGGGCUUCACAGGGUUGCGAGAUAGGGGAAGAGGAAUCAUUAAGACAUUUAACACUUUUAGUUGAUGAAUUCUUUGCUCUUCUAAUCACACUUUUAGGAGAACGGUAUAUAGUGGGUGUAGGGGAGGUGACUAAAGAGGAGAUAACAAGGAAGGAUAUUAUUCAACUUCUCUGCGUCAAACCUAUGUCUCACUCCGCAUUAAACAACGCCCUGCAAGAGGAUGUGAACCAUGAGACUGGUCUUGAGAAGGUGAUUGAUCAGGUCGCUACCUUCAAGAAGCCGGCCCAGGGGCUCGGUAAGGGAGUCUACGAGCUCAAGGAGGAGUUGUACUCCGAGUACGAUGUGUUCUUCUUCCACUACACCAGGGAGGAUCAGAGCAAAUCCGAGGAGGUGCAGAGAGCCAGGCUCAAGGCAGCUAACAGCCCACAGGUUGUACCCCCGCCAAAGCUACCUGGAUUGAAGAAAAACUUCAGAGGUCUUCUUGAUCUUCUUGAAUCAGAUUUCUUGAUCUACCUUCUUAACCUUGUUCUGGUCAGGGCAGACGACCUCAAGUCAAAGUGCUUCUCCGAAGAUCAGGUGCAUCGAGUCCUGUAUCUGGUUGGAAUAGGUCUAUUAGAGGAAAAUAGGAUCAAGGAUCAAGGUCUAGAAGGAUCCUUCAAGUUCUCAGCUAAGGCUCGUGAGGUCGGGAUGGUUUCAGCUCUGGAGGCACUGGUUGGGAGCCACAGGAUAGCCUCACACAAGGAGCUCCUGGCCUGGGUUCUAGUCAAGUUGAAGCAAGCUCUAGGCCUAACAACUGAAACUGUAUCCCAAGAUAUUCCUGAACAUGUUGAUAAUGAAAACAAGAAUGCUAGAAAACUAUAUAUAAUCUNAUUAGAAAUGCUAAACUGUUUGAUAAUGUUUAAGGAGAAUGCUAAAUUGUUUGAUGAGACGCCGAGUGGAUUACGGGAUCAUAAGAUGUCCAUGUGUGAAUGGGAUGUUGAGGUAGAGAAUGGAUUUCCAGUUUGCCUGGGACCAAAUAGAUCACAAGCCAGUCCAAUGGACAGUACAUAUACCUGUAUACUAUGUCAGGAGGAUGAAGAGCUUAGCAAUGAUAUUGACAGUAAAACUUUAGUGGCUGUGUCCUUUAUUCAGAAGUCCACUGUGCUUUCAAGGUUAAAACCUGGAGAGGUUGAAAAUAAAUCUGAGUUUCCGUAUUUGCGCAGCAGUCUUCACAAUGCCCCGCACACUUCUAGCUGUGGUCACGUGAUGCAUGCCGCGUGCUGGAAGAAGUAUUACGAUGAUAUUGUGGAAACAGAACGAAGACGACACAGUCGGGUGAGGCAUCCUGUUUCCUUUGAUAUUGAGAAAAGUGAGUUCCUCUGUCCGCUUUGUAGAAGUCUUUCAAACAGCGUCAUCACAAUUAUUCCACAGUACCAUCUACUCCAGCAGCCAAGGCCUGACACUGGUGAACUAGAAAGUGAAGAUGUUACUGGAGCAACAGCUGUCGUGGAACACUGUGAAACUAUGGAGACCUAUGAGGACUUGAGUCCAGAACCAAUGAUGACCCAAACUGUUGAGUUCAGUAGUUCAGAACCACCAGGAGAUCUUCAGCCCAGCAGUUCAGCUAUUGUUCAAACCAUAUCUCUAGAGGCCGAACCAAAUUCUCAGGUUCCGGCCACCAGCUCCAGUCCUACCCUAGAGCCGAGUAUGGAGGUUGAACCUCCAGAGUCCCCGAUGUUAGAAGUAGUUGACUAUGUUGACGGUAUGGAGGAGGAGGAGGAGGCUACUCAACUUAUUGUUGAUGAUGCAGUUGCUGGAGAUGUAGAAGAGUCUCCUGGAGUAGUUGGAACUACUAGUCUGAUCAUUAAAAGCCUCAUUAUAUCUACUUUCAUGUCAGCAGAUGAAUCUCCCAAGGAAACCUUUAAAAGUAAUUUGGCCGGAAAAAGCGGCUGCGCGGGAAGUUCUAUUUCCGGUGACUUUAGUUCGAAUUUGGACGUAAACCUGAGUUAUUCUGAUUGGUUAGAAGCGCUCUUUAUUGCCCUGAAAUACAGGCGAGGAUUGAGCCCGGACAAGGUUCGCAAUGGAGGAGAAAGUGAACCACAGGACGAGGAGGAGAUCCCGGUCAGUCGGACCAGUACACUCAUCAGAUACGAUACCUGUCCACUAGACCAGGUUGUCGCUGAACUAGAAGCGUCCCACCAUGACGGCAGAUCAUUUGCCCGUCUCUUCACUGUGGCGGAGGGCGGAGAACUUGUUUUCCCAACUUCAGUUUAUGAAAUUAUGAAUUCCUUCUGUCAGACAACAUUUAGAAUAAGCCUGGGUGAGCUGCCUCAUAUCCUGGAUGAGAUGAUUCCUCUUAUGGUCUGGCAGUCUUGUGCAUUCUCAAUCACAAGCAUUGUAGUUUCAGCUAUGGACAUAGAGAAACCAGUUCUAGGAUCCCUGUCCUCUCGUCAAAAUGAUUGUUUGUCAACAUUAAUCCGGUUUUGUGGCGUAGUUGGAUCUAACUUCGGAAACCCUAAGGUUAUUAGAUCGCACAGUUUAAAGCUUUUAUCUACUGUACUGGAGGUAGAUACAAGCAACCCAUCCCUCCUAGAGCUAGAUAUGUUCAGUUUACUGGUUGCUCUUACAUACUCUCUUCCAAGUCUUUUCAAUGGAGAAGGAGCUGCCCCCCUACCCUCCUGUAAUAUCCAAGACCUCCAUCUACUCCGUCUCCUGCUAACUGCUCAUAUAACCCAACUACUCUUUAACCUUGAAGAACUAGAAAACACUGAGGUUGAAAAAGACGGAUUUAUUGUUGAGAAAGAUUGUCAGUGUAUCCUUGACUUACUUCACAUAGUUCAGGAACCCAAGUCUAUUGAGAGAUCAACAAUUCGGGAUCCUAAUCCCGUAAUAAUCUGGCAGAAGAUAAUGGUGUGCAGCCUAGGGUUUCUCCGAAGUGCAGCACUGUUCUAUCAAUAUUUAUCUGGAGUUCUUGCUCCACCUGAACUCAACAAUAUACUUCCACCAAACCAGGAGUUUAUACUUUUAUGCAGAUAUCUUUCUCUUCCCAGUACACCCAGUUUGCAGGUUCCACAAUUGGUCUCACUUCCCAGGGAUUACAGUGAACUCAUGAAUAGUGUUUCAUGCUUCUCAUGUCCUAGAGCUUCCGGAGACGAAUCUCGAGCACCCUCGAUGUGCUUACUGUGCGGGGAGGUCGUCUGCUCACAGUCAUACUGCUGUCAAGGAGAGCUAGAUGGUAUAACUGUGGGAGCCUGCACAGCUCACGCUGACCGUUGCGGCGCCGGAUCAGGAUUUUUCCUAAGGGUACGUGAGUGUAAGAUAAUAAUGUUGAGUGGAAGAACUCGUGGAUGCUUCGUGUCUCCUCCCUACCUGGACCAGUACGGCGAAACAGAUCAGGGACUUAAACGCGGUGCACCUCUCACACUCUGUACUCAGAGGUAUGAAAAGUUAAGGCGGGUCUGGUUAAACCACAGUAUUCCUGAGGAGGUCUCUCAUACCAUAGAAGUAGCUUCAGGAUACAAUACAACUGAUUGGAUUCAUCUGUAGAUAUGUAUACAGAACAGAUGAAAUAGCUGUGUUGUACUCAACAGCUGUGUACGUGUUGUACUGUACAGAACAGCUGUACUGUGUACAUAACAAUACCAUUUAUUUGUACACGUGUACAGCAAAUAAAUUUAGAUUCUGAAUUGUUUUCAAAAUUUAAAAUUAAUAAUUUUUUUGAUCCAUACUUUGCUGGUUCUAGGUUUAUUUGUAAUCUCCUAGUAAAUUUGUAUAUAAAAGUAACAUUAGAUUUAUAUGUUUAUUUUGAAAUAUAUAUUAUGAGAAUA